AUGACGCUGUCGUGUCCCGUGUCCGCGGACAAUGUCUUUGGGCCUGCGGUGGCGGCGCCGUGCAGGGCCGGUUUUGAUUUUACGCUCCUUUUCGAAGAGACUGUCUUGACAAUUUUACCCUUGAGUCUGGCAAUAUGCUGGGUAAUCGGUCGCCUUGUCCAAUUACGUUCUGCGACAGCCAAAGUCACGACCGGCUGGCUCCUGUCUAGCAAACUGCUCCUGUGGUCCGCCGACGUGGCUCUGCGGGUAGUCCAGUUAGCACUCUGGGUCUCGCGAGGCAUACCCAGAACCGAGACGACGGUCGCUUGCUUGGCUCUAUGUAUCGUUGGGUCAGUUUUAAUGCUCAUUUGCUCGCACCGUGAGCAUUUCCACGUGCUCCGGCCGUCGACUCCCUUGAUUGUAUUUCUAGGCGUGUCUCUCAUUCUCGAUCUCGCUCGCACACGAACGCUGUUCUUCUACUACACUGGCAAAGACGCUGUCGCCAUUGUCAACGCGGUUGGGUAUGGCGUAAAAUUGCUACUAUUUAUUGCCGAAAACGUGGAAAAGAGACAGUGGCUGCGACCGCAAUGGGCCGAAGUCUCUCGCGAAGAAGCCAGCGGCGUGCUAAACCGCUCGCUCUUCAUUUGGCUCAACCCACUCUUCACUUUGGGCUUUGGUAGCAAACUGACGCUCAAGCAACUGUUUUCGCUCGAUGCUGAGAUUAAAUCUGCGGCGCGUCCCGUCGAGCUGAUGGAAGAAUGGGAACUAUCGUCCAAAUCGUCCAGUCAUGCUCUGUUCUGGCAGUUUCUUCGCCACUACAAGUGGCAGUUCCUAGCGGGCGUAUUGCCCCGACUCAGCUAUAGCGGCUUCCUCUUUGCGCAGCCAUUUCUCUUGGAGCGCGUCCUUGACUUUAUCGAUGAACAACGCGUGGCCAACACCGAUUCGACUGCAUAUGGCCUCAUUGCUGCCUAUGGUAUCGUAUAUAUUGGGAUCGCUGUCUCCUACACCAUUUAUCAGCACAAAACAUAUCGACUUCUCACACUAUAUCGCGGGAGCUUGAUUGCCCUCAUCUACAACAAGACGCUAAAGAUGAACGUUGCGAAUGUGACCGAUGCGGAAGCCAUAACGCUCAUGAGCGCCGAUAUCGAUCGCAUCGGACACAGUCUGCCACUGAUUCAUGAGCUGUACGCAAGCCUCUUGGACAUUGCCAUCGCCCUUUGGCUGCUGUACGGACGACUCGGUAUUGCCAUGAUAGCGCCAAUUAUCUGGAUUGCUUUAUUCACGAUUGCCGGUCUACCAAUUGCUGGCGCGGCUGGUAAUGCUCAGUCGCCAUGGCUAGACGCAAUUGAAGAUCGCUUGGCCGUAACUGCAAAGGCACUAGGCUCGAUGAAGGCGGUCAAGAUGACUGGCCUUUCUGAUCUCGUUUCCACGACUCUUAGGCGUCUCCGAUGGGCAGAGAUUCACGCUUCUCUGCGCUAUCGAGUACUAAACAUUUUUGUGACCGUUUCCUAUUUUGCAUCCUCUGCCGUGGCUCCUGUCUGGGGGUUUGGUGUCUACAGUAUACUAGCGAAAGCUAGAGGCACACCGACUCUCACUGAGGGCGUUGCUUUUGCUGCGCUCAGCCUGUUUGAGCUUAUGAAUCAACCGCUCAUCCAUAUUGUAGAUGGUUUUGAACAUAUUCAGACUGUCAGAACCUCAUUCCGUCGCGUUCAAGAGUACUUGGAGUCGGACGAGCGCGAGGACUACCGUGUAAUUGUCAAUCGAUCUCCUUCAAUAUCAGAUGAUGAAAAGGAAAAGCUUCGCAUUCUCGAAAAGGCACCUUCACAUCACCAAGAUUUGAACGCAGAUGACGCAGUCACUCUUGCGAAUGUUUCGGCAGCAUACAGCGUUGAGGGCGACCCGGUGUUGGCGAACCUCAACCUUUCCAUCAAGAAAGGCGAGACUACAAUGGUCUUCGGCCCAGUCGGGUGUGGCAAGUCGACAUUUCUGCGACUACUCCUUGGCGAGAUGGCUUCAGUCGUUGGAGAAGUCACGACAUGCUUCUCCACGGCAGCAUUCUGUCCACAGACGCCUUGGAUCACAUGGGGGUCUAUCCAGAGCAACGUUGUUGGCGUACUAGACUUUGAGGGAAAAUGGUACAACAUUGUUGCGCAAGCUUGUCUGCUGCUGAGGGAUUUCCAGGAGCUUUCUGACGGAGAUCAGACCAACACCGGCAGCCGCGGGUCUCGACUCAGCGGUGGUCAACAGAUGCGCGUGUCGUUUGCCAGGGCUUUGUACUCGAGGCGCCCUGUCAUGGUCCUAGACGAUGUCUUGACUGGCCUCGAUCGUGUCACGGAGCGCGGUAUUCUGGAGCGGGUAUUUGGACCUGGAGGGUUGUUGAAAGAAAUGGAAUCCACAGUCAUCAUGGCGACAAACAGCUUUUCCCACCUUCAGUUUGCCGACAACAUCAUCAUUCUCAAUGAAAAGGGCCAAGUCGCGCGACAGGGCAGGUGGGAGGCUAUUAGUGCUGAUUCUGCAUUUGCGCACCACUCCGUCCACGACGAACCCGUCGUUACACACCGCCCAGAGCUGGAAAUCUCUGACGAAACCAUGCAGGAAAUUGGAGUUCCGCUCGAUGCGAAUGAAGACUCGGGCGACGAUGACUCAGCACGUCCCGGUGACCUCCAAGUCUACGCAUUCUAUGCCAGAGUGGCUGGGGUUUGGCCAAUACUUGCAUACCUCUUCGCCUGCUCCGUGUUCGUGUUUGGUGUCAGCUUUCCUUCUGUUUGGCUGCAGAAAUGGACAAACUACAACUCAGAGCACCCAAAUGAGCGGAUUGGAUAUUAUCUAGGCGUGUACGGGGCUCUUGCCGGCGUGACCCUUCUAGGCUGCUCGCUCGCGGACAGCGUCUUCAACCUGGUGGUGAUUCCUCGAACUUCGAAGAAGUUUCACGAGAUGCUAUUGACUACAACUAUGAGGGCCCCCACGUCCUUUGUCACAUCAACCGAUGCAGGAACAAUCAUCAACAGAUUCAGUCAGGAUCUUGAGCUGAUCGACAAUGAUCUCCCCAAGUCUCUAGAUCAAACUGUUUUCCAGCUGCUUAGCGCAGUCAUGUCCGCUGUCCUAGUCUUCAUCAGCUCAGGUUAUGUUGCCAUUGCGAUUCCCUUUUGCAUUGCUGCUAUUGCUAUUAUUCAGCUCUACUACCUACGAACGUCGCGCCAGGUGCGAAUUCUCGACAUUGAGGCCAAAGCACCCCUUUUCUCGCAGUUCUUGGAAACUCUGGGCGGCAUCUCUUGCAUUCGUUCCUUUGGGUGGGUUGCUCAAUACGAGAGCAACAACCGCGAUGCUCUCAACUCGUCUCAGAAGCCCUAUUACACCCUGUGGUGUAUUCAGCGAUGGCUGACACUGGUGCUGGACUUGUUUGUCGCGGGGCUUGCGGUCCUUCUUGUCGGGCUUGCUACAAACAUACGGGGUGGAUCGACUGGUUUCCUGGGCGUCGCUCUUUUCCAAGUGGUCACGUUCAGCACAACUCUUCAAGUCCUCGUGGCAGAAUGGACACAGGUGGAAAUGGCGCUCGGUGCCAUUUCGAGAAUUCGAUCCUACGUACUGCAAACCAAGAACGAGAACCAGACGGGCGAGAAUGGUACCGUUCCGGAAGAGUGGCCCGAUUCCUCUGCCACCAUUGAGUUUAAAAACGUUACUGCGUCCUAUGACGGCGAAUCUGAACCAAUCUUGAAGAACCUGAGCUUCACGAUCAAUAUGGGCGAAAAGGUUGCGAUUUGUGGGCGCACUGGAAGCGGGAAAUCAUCAACCAUCUCUGCUCUCCUCCGGAUGCUAGAGCUUGAUGGGGGGUCCAUCCAUAUCGGCCAAGUCGAUAUCAGCACCCUGCCCCGCCAGUUGAUUCGCUCAAGACUCAAUUCCGUUCCUCAGGAGCCCUUCUUUCUCCAUGGCAGCGUCCGCUGCAACAUAGACCCUGCCGAAGACGCCGCAGACGAUCGCAUACACGAGGUUUUGGAGUCUGUAGGUCUGUGGGAACUCUUCCAAUCUCGCGGCGGUCUGGAUGAGGACAUGAAUGAGGAAACAUUGUCUCAUGGUCAGCGACAGCUGUUCUGUCUUGCCCGAGCAGCUCUCAGUAGCGCCAACAUUAUCAUAAUGGAUGAAGCAACAAGCGGCGUUGACGAAGAGUCUGAAAAUUUGAUGGAGAGCGUUAUUGCCAAGGAGUUUGAAACUCGCACGGUCAUUUCCGUUGCGCAUAAGUUGGACGCCAUUCUCGAUUACAGUAGAGUCAUUCUCCUAGAUAAGGGAGUCAUAUUGGAGACUGGUCAGCCGCAAGAGCUCUUAGCCAAAUCCGGUUCUGCUUUCAAAGCUCUCUUUGAUGGUCAGAGGCGUGGUUAG